AAUUUUUUUGACUUUUACCUCGUCCGCUGCAAGGUGUCGUUUUUAUUCGUUUUGUCGCUGUCGUCUCGUCGCAAAAAAAUUAUUCCACACACCACAAAAACCGAAAAGAAAAAAAAAACUUGUGAAAUCAAUUUCAUUUACAUUAUUUGAUUGAGUUUUAAUCGAAAAUUUCCAAAAUUACCAACUACAAGAAAAACAACAAAAUGCCUAACGAAACUAUAAAGAAGGUACAAGAUUACAAAGACAGCUUAGUCAAAAAAGCCGAACAAUUAAUUUUCCAAGGCUUCCCCGAAAAGAUUGUCGAACUCAACGAAAUGCUCGCCACCGACAUGUUUUGCGAGCGCAACUUCAACGAGGUCCAUCAAGAUUUGAACAUUCCAGUUCCUGAGCCAAUUCUGGUCAAUCAUGUGGACGAGGCAUCAGCCGGUGGCGAUCCACCAUCUGCCAAGAGACCACGCAACGACUUUUGUGUGCCUGGGACGAAAGUUAUGGCUCUGCCAUCGGGCACAGUGCCGUGCAAUGAGCCACUUUGUGAAAUGAUCAAAAUUGUCAAGCCAAUUAUUAGGAAACUUGUUGAAGAUUCAAAUCUCUUGAAAAUGUGGAUUUCAUUCCUGAUACCGAAAAUCGAAGAUGGCAAUAACUUUGGUGUGUCCAUUCAGGAGGACACUCUUGCCGAAAUUCAGGCGGUGGAGUCGGAAGCGGCUGCAUUCUUUGACCAGAUUUCUAGAUAUUUCCUUUCGCGUGCGAAAGUCGUCUCAAAAGUUGCCAAGUACCCGCAUAUCGAGGAUUAUCGGCGGGCAGUUGUCGAGCUGGACGAGAAGGAAUACCUCAGUUUGUGGUUGGUGGUGUGCGAGGUGAGGAAUCGCUACUCCUCGCUGCAUGAUAUUGUCAUUAAGAAUCUGGAGAAGCUUAAGAAACCUCGUUCAUCGAAUGCCGAGAGUUUAUACUAAGACGAUUUAAGCCAGAGCGAUGAACGAUGGCUGGGAAGCUCCUUUUCUUAUCUAGACCUUAACAACAACCAACCACCACAACAACUAACUCUCAGAAGAAAAAGACUCCACUUUGACGACGACGGCGAUUGGAAGACUCGUACACGUUUAACGUGUCGAGUUGACGAUAGCUUCUACGUCGUUGUUGUGGAAAAAACAUCUGCAAAAAGCGAAAGAAGAUUUCUUCUUCUUUCUCAUUUUUUAAUUUUUUUUUUCAAAAAAAAGUUAACAUUUAAGAAUUUGAAUUUAUCAGUUUUUCAAUAUUGUUUCAAAUUAUAUGCAUAAUUAUUUUUUUUACUCUCAAUUAGAAGCAGAGUUACAGUAAUCUAAUAAAAAAACAAAUUAAAAUUAUACAAAAAAAAAAAAAAACAUGAGAAAA